CCCACUUAAUUGUGCUAAAUCAAUUCGCUAAACUGUCUCUCCUCGCGGCUGCGCGCGCUCAUAGUCGCGGUCGUUUUCCCCAGCUUCUCGUGUCGCUCACUGGUCGUAAUUGGUUCAGCAGGAUGUCAGAGGCUGAUCUAGCUUCCCUGUCUGUGGAGGACUCCCAGGCCAGUGUGGGGUCCAAGCCCGAUGCGGAGGCUAAGAAGGCGGCCAAGGCCGCGGAGAAGGCGGCUAAGGAGGCGGCCAAGGCUGAGCGCGCUGCCCAGCGUGGCCAGAAGGCGGCGGUGAUGACCCAGCCGGACCCGGAGGACCCGCUGAAGGACAAGUAUGGCGACUACCCCAUGGUGCAGAGCCAGGGCCAAACCACCCGCAAGUGGACUGAGGUCGAGCAGCUGGAGAAGGAGCUGGCGGACCAGACGGUGCUGGUUCGCGCGCGCAUCCACAACACGCGCGGCAAGGGCAAGUCGGCUUUCCUGGUGCUGCGCCAGCGCACCGCCACCGUGCAGGCCAUCAUGUUCGCGGAUGAGACCACUGUGAGCAAGGGCAUGGUCAAAUACGCGACCCAGAUCCCUAAGGAGUCCAUUGUGGACGUGGAGGGCAUCGUCAAGGUGCCGGAGAAGUCCAUCGAUGGCUGCUCGCAGAAGGACGUUGAGCUGCAGGUGACGGGCAUCCGCGCCGUCAGCCGCGCCGCGGUCCUGCCCUUCGAGCUGGUGGACGCCGCCCGCUCCGAGGAGGAGGUCAAGGCCGCCGCCGAGCGCGGCGAGGUGAUGCCCACCGUGGGUCAGGACCUGCGCCUGGACAACCGUUUCCUGGACCUGCGCACGCCCGCCAACCAGGCCAUCUUCAAAGUGCAGAGCGCCGUGUGCCAGCUGUUCAAGACGACGCUGCUGGCCGAGGGCUUCCAGGAGAUCCACACGCCCAAGCUCAUCGCGGGCGCCAGCGAGGGCGGCGCCGCCGUGUUCCGCCUGGACUACAUGGGCGUGCCCGCCUGCCUGGCGCAGAGCCCCCAGCUGUACAAGCAGAUGGCCAUCUGCGCCGACUUCAACCGCGUGUUCGAGAUCGGCCCCGUGUUCAGGGCUGAGUUCUCCUACACGCACCGCCACCUGUGCGAGUUCAUGGGCCUGGAUUUGGAGAUGGCCAUCCACGAGCACUACUUUGAGGUGCUGGACGUGAUCGAGAAGCUGUUCGGCGCCAUCUUCAACGGCCUGGCCACCACUUACGCCAAGGAGCUGGCGGUGAUCGCGUCGCAGUACCCCUUUGAGAUCCCCACCUUCAAGCCCCUGCGCCUCACCUUCCCCGAGGGCAUUGCCAUGCUCAAGGAGGGCGGCUACCCGGACGUGGACCCCAUGGGCGACCUCAACACGGAGCUGGAGCGCGCGCUGGGCCGCAUGGUCAAGGAGAAGUACGGCACCGACUUCUUCAUCCUGCACCGGUACCCCUCCGCGGUGCGCCCCUUCUACACCAUGCCCUGCUCUGACGACCCCGCCUACUCCAACUCCUACGACGUGUUCAUCCGCGGCGAGGAGAUCAUCUCGGGCGCGCAGCGUGUGCACGACCCCGAGCUGCUCACCACCCGCGCCAUCGAGUGCGGCAUCCCGCUGCCAGAGAUCCAGUCGUACAUUGACUCGUUCAAGUACGGCGCACCCCCGCACGGCGGCGCCGGCGUGGGGCUGGAGCGCGUGGUGAUGCUGUACUGCGGCCUCAACAACAUCCGCAAGACUUCCAUGUUCCCCCGCGACCCCAAGCGCCUCACCCCCUAAGCGGCCGGCGAGCAGACGGAACGGUCAAGGGCUGCAUUGUGUGUGGAAGCGUGUGUUUUGGGGUGCGUCAAUGUGCGUUGGGUACAGUGGGGCCGUGGCGCAGGAGGCAGUUUGAUGCGCUGAAGAAGGCUGUGCGUUGGCGCGCGUGGCGGCGUAGGUACAGUGUCGUCGGAGCUCGGAUGCGUUAGAUGUGCGCGAUGUGGACACAAUUUUGGGUGCAAGAGCCCCCUGGGUUGGGACGAGCAGGAUGUGCAACUAUCUUAUUGUGCGCUGCACAAGACGCAUACGGCGUGCGCGCUGAGUAGAGGUGUGCAGGUACGGCGAGGCACGUGUGGCUAUACGGUCGGCCCAUACGGUGUGCAUUCGUUUCCUGAACGCAUCGUCGAUAAGGUACUGCUAGAACCUGCAUACAACAUUCUUUUAUUGUCGCCGAUGCGUCAUACGCCAGGGAACCCCUGUCAUACGCUGUAAGUGCGCCAGGCG